UGCGUUCAAAGCACUUCGUGGGUCUGUGACUUCGUGAUUUGAAUUCUGUUUUUUGUCAGUGUUUUUUUUUGUAAGCAAUAAAAAUAAAAUGAAUACAGUUCGUUGUUUGAUAUGUCGUCUACGAUUUCAAAAAUUAAAAUUAUUAUACAUUCAUUAUUUAAGAUUUCAUUCAAAAAACAAAAUUAUUCAUACUCUUUUAGAACAGAAUUCGAAACAAGUUUCAAUAAAAUCGCAUAGAAGAACAUUUGUCAAUAGUACCAAACGAGAAUCCUGUACCAGUAAACAGUCACAAAAAUGGAAUUCAGACGAUCAAAAUACAGAAGUAAAAACGUACGAAACUGAACCAAUUGUUCUGCGAGAAAAUAUUAGGAUAUUUUGUGGAGAAAAUGAGAUUAUCAGUAUAGGCGAUAAUGAACAAUAUGUGAAAGUUUCAUUUAAUAAUGAAACACAGGAUCACUGUUAUUUAGAUUGGAAUAAGAUUGAUAGAAAUAACACCACGUUGCCAAAGAACAAAAUUAAAUCAAAUUCCAAAAGAAAAAUAAAAAAGAAAAAAAUAACACGGCGGAAAACGCAAGAUUACCAUAUUAACAUAACGAAACUGAAAGACACCACCUCUUUAGAUGAUCAAAACGGUGUUUUUUAUACAUGUCGGUGUCGUGAAAAUGAUUGCCCAAAUGCGACCAAAUUUCAAAACGUUGAUUUGAGACUAGCAACUUCGGAUACGGAAUCUUGUUCGGAAACUAGUAAAAAUUCAUUCCUAUCUCAAGAAGAUUCUAAGUUGUUUUGUAAUAAAUGCGGCAGUGGAUAUAAAACCGAAGCAGCACUUUCCGAGCAUAUGUACGUACAUGAACCAUUUUGCCGGUUAUGCAACACUUGGUUUCCGAAUACUUUUUCUUUCAAACAACACAUGCAGUUACACAAAAUAAGGCUUUUCGCGUGCCAUAUGUGUAACGCUGAAUUUCCUUUGAAAGAAACGUUGUUCAAACACUUCGAUUCUCAUUUGGAAGAUAAGAUUUUUGACGAUGUUUUAGAUAUGGAAGACGAGUAUGAAACUUUGAAAAAAACUUUUUUAAAUACUAGUUACAAUACUAGUUUAAGUAGUAUUAUGUGCUAUCUUAAAGAGAGACCGGAUAUGUUUUGUUGGAAUUAUAAAUUUAUGAAAAUAACCUGUGAUAUUUGUUACAAAGAAAUAUUAAUACACGAUUAUGAGUGGCAUUUACAAUUGUUUCAUACUGUUUGGCGUAUUGAAGAUUAGCUGUUGAUAUCAGCGUUUCUAGGUAAAUUGCAACAGCGUAAAUUGCAACAGCCUCAUUAGAAUAUUUCUUAUUAUUUAAUUAAAAAAAAAAAACUAGAAUUUGGUUUAUUUUUAAAGAGAUUUAGGAUUAUAUAAAUAUCUCGUUAAGAUUUCAAUUGAAAUCGAAUAUUGUUUAUUUUAUAUUAAAAUGAGUUAAUUUUUUUUACAUAAAUUUUAUUUAAGAAACAUUUUUGUUGUAAGAAUUUAUUAUUUUUUUUAUAAAUAAAAUUUUAUUAAGUUGAA